AUGGCAGCCACAGCAAUGGAGGGGGCUUUCACCCAGGCGCCCAACCAUCUCGUGGGCGACUCCGCGUCUGCCAUCAGGGAGGGCGACGACAUCUCGACACUCGGCGCGGGCGAGAGCGCACUCGACAGCGAAUACGGCCGCUCGAACCUCAAUGGGGGACCGCGUCGGAGAAGAGGCGGCGACGAUGAUGAGGGAGAGCCGUUUGACGACGACGAUGCAGAGUCGGUGGCUAGCCAUGCCGUCAACGGAACAAAUGGUGUGCCUGCUCCAGGCCAGGAAGAGGAGGUCGAGCUGCCUGCACAUGCCUGCGCUUACUGUGACAUCCACAACCCAGGCUCAGUCGUCAAGUGCCUGUCGUGCUCCAAGUGGUUCUGCUCUGCCCGUGGUAAUACCUCGAGCAGCCAUAUCAUCAACCACUUGGUACGCGCUCGCCACAAGGAGGUCCAGCUACACCCAUCCUCGCCGUUGGGAGACACAACGCUGGAAUGCUACAACUGUGGCACCAAGAAUGUCUUCCUCCUUGGAUUCAUCCCGGCCAAGAGCGACACGGUCGUCGUACUGCUCUGCCGCCAACCAUGUGCCGCCAUGCCCAGUAGCAAGGACAUGAAUUGGGACACCUCCAAGUGGCAGCCGCUCAUCGAGGAUCGAUCAUUCCUACCUUGGCUCGUCAACGCACCCACCGACCAAGAGCAGAUGCGUGCUCGUCACCUCCCACCACAGGUCAUCGCAAAGCUGGAGGAGAUGUGGAAGGAGAACAGCAGUGCCACGAUCCAGGACCUCGAGAAGAACGCCGGCAUUGAUGACGAGCCUGCGCCAGUCGUGCUUCGCUACGAUGAUGCAUACCAAUACCAAAACGUCUUUGGACCCCUUGUCAAGAUUGAGGCGGACUACGAUCGCAAGUUGAAGGAAGCUCAGAGCCAGGACAACCUUAUUGUUCGGUGGGACUUUGGUCUGAACAACAAGCACCUCGCUUCGUUCGUGCUGCCAAAGCUUGAGCUCGGCGACGUAAAGCUGGCUGUUGGUGACGAGAUGCGCUUGCGCUACACUGGUGAACUGCGACCACACUGGGAGGGCGUCGGCUAUGUCAUCAAGAUUCCAAACAACCAAAGCGACGAAGUCACCAUUGAGUUGCGCUCCAGAGGAGAUCACAAGUCGGUGCCGACUGAAUGCACCCACAACUUCACUGCGGACUAUGUGUGGAAGGCUACCUCAUUUGACCGUAUGCAGCACGCCAUGAAGACUUUCGCCAUUGAUGAAAUGUCCGUGUCUGGCUACAUCUUCCACCGCUUGCUGGGUCAUGAGGUAGCAGCGGCACCGAUGAAGGUGCAACUACCUCGCAAGUUCAGCGUACCGAAUCUGCCAGAUCUGAACGGCUCGCAGAUUCAAGCCGUCAAGUCGGUACUGCAGAAGCCUCUCAGCUUGAUCCAAGGACCACCUGGUACUGGAAAGACUGUCACGUCAGCAACCAUCAUCUAUCAUCUGUCGAAGAUCAACGGCGGUCAAGUACUGGUCUGCGCCCCAUCAAACGUUGCUGUCGAUCAGCUUUGCGAGCGGAUUCACAUUACUGGUUUGAAGGUUGUCCGAGUGACAGCCAAGUCUCGUGAAGAUGUCGAGUCCAACGUUGGCUUUCUUUCGCUGCACAGGCAGGUUCAGAUGAACGACACAAACGUAGAGCUCAACAAAUUCAACCAACUCAAAGCUGAGCUCGGUGAACUCUCCAGCCAGGAUGAGAAGAAACUCAAGACCUUGACACGUGCAGCAGAGCGUGAGAUUCUGCAGAAUGCGGAUGUCAUCUGCUGCACUUGCGUCGGUGCUGGUGAUCCACGACUGGCCAAGCUCAAGUUCCGGACUGUACUCAUCGACGAAAGCACACAAUCCGCCGAACCAGAGUGCAUGAUUCCGCUGGUCCUGGGCUGCAAGCAGAUUGUUCUCGUCGGUGACCACCAACAGCUUGGUCCCGUCAUCAUGAACAAGAAAGCAGCAAAGGCAGGUCUGAAUCAGUCUUUGUUCGAGCGGCUGGUCAUUCUAGGCUGCGCCCCGAUCCGUUUGCAAGUGCAAUACCGUAUGCACCCUUGCUUAUCCGAGUUCCCCUCGAACAUGUUCUACGAAGGCUCCCUGCAGAACGGUAUCACCAUGCAGCAGCGGUUGCGAAAGGACGUCGACUUCCCCUGGCCAGUGGCCGACUCGCCCAUGAUGUUCUGGUCGAACCUUGGAAACGAAGAAAUCAGCGCCUCUGGUACCUCAUAUCUCAAUCGUACAGAAGCCUCGAACGUUGAGAAGAUUGUAACUCGCUUCUUCAAGGCUGGCGUCAGUCCUUCGGCAAUUGGUAUCAUCACUCCGUACGAAGGUCAGCGCUCUUACGUCGUGCAGAGCAUGCAGCAGACGGGCACAUUCAAGAAGGAGCACUACAAGGAGAUUGAGGUCGCCUCAGUGGAUGCAUUCCAGGGACGUGAGAAGGACUUCAUUGUGCUUUCUUGUGUGCGAAGUAACGAUCACCAAGGCAUUGGUUUCUUGAGCGAUCCCCGACGUCUCAACGUUGCGCUGACUCGUGCUAAGUAUGGUCUGGUCAUUCUUGGCAAUCCGAAAGUGCUCAGCAAGCACCCAUUGUGGCACUACUUGUUGCUGCAUUUCAAGGAGCGCAACUGCCUUGUUGAGGGGCCUCUGAACAACCUGCAAGUCUCUCUGCUUCAAUUCAGUCGUCCGAAGACAUCCUACCGUGGUCCGCAGCGCUACCAGAUGGCUUACCAGCACGCCAAUCACAUGGCAGCAGCGACUGGCAACCGUUUGAAUGGUGGUCGUCGUGACGGUCCUAAUGGGGGUGAUGGCAGCGUGGUUGGCUACAUUCCAGAUGACAUCUCAUCUGUUCACUCUUCUGCAUUGGGUGGCGCAGCUCUUCCAAGCCAGUACCCGCCAAUGUUCCAAGGCUUCCAAGAAUCCUGGCCAAGACUCUCUGGUGGUCAGCGCAACGGCCCGAUGGCUGAGAAGGCUCAUGCUCCACCAGAGUCGGUUGCUGGCGAAAGCGUGGCUGCCAGCGAGAUUACAGAUAUCACCACCAAUGGCACUGGCAAGCCUGGUCAGGGAGGAGUAAGUCUGGCUGGUCUGAGCAUCAACGAUCUCAACAAGCAGGCAUCGCUCUCCCAGUCUGAUAAGCUCCGCCGUUACGUGGAAGGCCAGGGUCAAACUCAGCCUCCCAUCGGCGCUGGUCGCAAUCGUCCACAUCUGGACGAGGAUGCUCAGUCUGUGAGCACUUCAUUUGCAAGCCAAGUCGGAGGUGUAGGUGGCUAUGACUGA